AGCACAACGUGACACGCUCUCACCUCCUCUUCCUCUUCCUCUUCCUUCCUGCCGUGGCUCACCUCCUCCAGGCGCACAUUCUAGCACCUUCCUCAUGGACGCACUCUGAAACACGCCCGUCAGGACUGAAGAGGGUCAACGACGCAUUCAUUCGGUUCCGUGGAGGACCAGCGAAGGCGGCACAUGGAGCACAAUGUGGACCAACGUGGACAAAAGUGGACUUGAGGACGCAACAAGUGGGAAUCAGAGCGCGCGAGCCGGACUCGAAACAUCCACGCCGCACGUGUGAACACGUACACUCUGCCGUGUUUACUAACUCCCUCGGACUAUUUUUUAUUGAUUUAUUUAUUUUUUUCGCAAUUCUGAUCCCCGAAGUGGCUCCGAAGUGGUGUUGCGGCUCCUCGUCCCCGGCGGAUCCGGAGAUCGGAGCCUCUGCACCGGGCGGAGGCGGAGCUCCGGCGGGCCCGAAGGGCGGCCGCGUCAGGAGGAUGGCACGGCUGGCGGCCGAGCUGCUGCUGCUGCUGGGACUUCUCCUUCUCACUCUGCACAUCACCGUGCUGAGGAGCAGCGCGCUGCCGCCCGCCAACGUCAGCCUGAGCCUGGAUCACAGCGAGCAGAACAUCAUCCAUGCAAAAAGCAGCUCGUCGGGCCAACUGACUCCUGAAGGAUCCUGGCGGUCCAGUCCAGAGCGUCGGUUCGCCCACCGGUCCGCUGCUCUCCCGUGGACGCAAGGCACAGCCAGUAACGUCCACAAGGAUGGGCCCGGAGCUUUCCUGCUGGAUCUGCACAAUUUCCCCGACCUCUCUAAAGCUGAUAUCAAUGGGCAGAAUCCCAACAUACAGGUGACAAUUGAGGUCGUGGAUGGUUUAGAAGCGCACGAGCCAGAAAAAGGCCACCGCAAGGAGAGUAAACCCAACUGGGCUUCUACCAACUGGAGAAACUGGUGGCCUCGCACGUCCUCCACAUCGUCCUCCACCACUCAUCAAGCGGCAGAGCACGAUCGGUCCUACGGAGAUAACGGCGAAGACAGCAACUUCUUGAGGCCGCCAGUGGAUUGGGACCGGAGAGGAGGCACCGGAGAAAGAGGCAAACCCCAAAUGGAAUACGACUACAUGGAUGGAGAGGGGGACUGGAGUAACUGGUCUCUGUGCAGCGUCACCUGUGGAAACGGCAACCAGAAGAGAACCAGGUCUUGUGGCUACGCCUGUACCGCCACUGAGUCCAGAACCUGUGAUAUGCCAAACUGUCCAGGUAUUGAAGAUGCCUUCAAGACCGCAGCCACAGAAGUGAGCCUGCUGGCCGGAACAGAUGAUUUCAAUGCCACUGAGCUCUUCGGCGUUGACACAGACAGCUGCGAGCGAUGGAUGAAUUGCAAGAGCGACUUUUUGAAGAAAUACAUGAGCAAAGUGGCCAACGACCUCCCGAGCUGCCCUUGCUCGUACCCGACGGAGGUGGCGUACAGCACGGCUAACGUGCACGACGCCGCCUCGCGCAGAAAUUUCCGCUGGAAAGACGCCAGCGGGCCGAAGGAGAAGCUGGAGAUCUACAAGCCCACGGCGCGAUACUGCAUCCGCUCCAUGCUGACGCUGGAGUCCACCACGCUGGCCGCGCAGCACUGUUGCUACGACGACGGCAUGAAGCUCAUCACGCGCGGCAAAGGAGCGGGGACGCCCAAUCUCAUCAGCACCGAGUUCUCGGCCGACCUGCACUACAAGGUGGACAUCUUGCCCUGGAUCAUAUGCAAGGGGGACUGGAGUCGCUACAACCAGGCCAGGCCGCCCAACAACGGACAGAAGUGUCGCCACAACCCCCAGGAAGACGACUACUACAAGCAGUUCGAAGAAGCGACAGAGUUCUAGCCCUUCGCUUGGACACUAUUCCAACAUGGUGAUGCCGCCAUUUUGGAUUCAAGGGUUCUAAGACUUUAAAGUAUGAGGACCUGAAAUCAAUGAGAACCAUUUAUAUGGACACCAAGAACUACCUGGCACUGAAUAUUGUGCCUUUUUUAAAAAAAAAUAUACCUCUGAGAAAAAAAUGAUGCUUUUUUUUUUUUUUUAGUGGUAUCCUGUCAUCAAUAAAGGGAGUUUCUAUUCUUAAAGGGAAAUGAAUAUUAGAUAGACAUGUCCAAGUGUGUGUGAUGGUUUCCCCCCCCAUUUUUAAACUUAUGUAUAUGUUUAGCAUGCAUUUAACAUUUAGCAUGCACAUAUCAUUCGUGAACAGACCUCCAUUGUAAAAAGUCUGCAUUGUCUUUCUGUAAAGUAUUUAUUUGAGUAGUAGCUGUGACUGAUGCGGGAAGAUUAAUGUCUCAAUGUAGGUUGAUAGUGGACUGUGUGAAUGCAAUAUAGUGGACAUAUUUUUGCAGGUUAUAAGUCUAUGAAUAAAACUUUUAAGAAAAUCGCAGUGCCUUCCUCGGCGUCCGUCCAUGAAAGCACCAGGGGCCUCGUUUAGAAAAGUGUGCAUGGAUGUAGAACAUUGAGGAAGAACACGCCUCGGAAUGUACGCAUGCUCAAAAAGAUUCAGAUUCACGCACAUGUACGCAACUCUUCUCAAUAUAAUUCAAACUUACUGUGCGCAGGAUAGUUUCACCCCAUUGUUUUCUCCCAGUCACCCAUAAAUGGUCAUGCUAAUUACAGUAGCUCAUGAAGACAGACAUGGCGGCUCCAAAAAAAAAAGCAAUAUUUUCAGAUUGUUGUUUAUUUCGUCGAGCAACGUAAGGAUGUUAUGUUUGGACUAGUGUCGUCCCGAUACCAAUAUUUUGGUACCGGUACCAAAAUGAUUUAGAUAAUUUUCGGUACUUUUAUAAAUAAAGGGGACCACAAAAAAUGUCAUUAUUGGCUUUAUUUUAACAACAAAUCUUAGGGUACAUUAAACAUAUGUUUAUUAUUGCAAGUUUGUCCUUAAAUAAAAUAGUGAACAUACAACACAUCUUGUCUUUUAUUAGUAAGUAAGCAAACAAAGGCUCCUAAUUAGUCUGCUGACAUAUGUAGUAACAUACUAUUAUUUUUGUCAAUAUUAUUAAGGACAAGUGGUAAAAAAUUUAUUAUUAAUCUACUUGUUCAUUUACUGUUAAUAUCUGCUUACUUUCUCUUUUAACAU